GAGUUCUCAAAGACGGAUUUUUUCAGACACUUGCUGGGCUGGGCUUCCGACUGCACAUUUUAACAAAUCUUCAUCCCUGGCCUGGGGAGUUCGUAACCAUGAGCGAACCUUGCCACGAACGCCGGGCGGCUAGGCAGCCCAACUGACUCUGGCGCAGUGCGUACUUCCAAGAGCGGCCACCAGGGUCGUUGCAAGCACACACGUAAACCCGGCGGGAUCGCCAGCUGAUCCGAAAAGCACACGUGAAGUCUCGUGAAAUGUUUCGUGUUCAUUGUCACCUCGAAAUAAAUUGACUCGCGCACAAUUAUUGUUGUUAAGUCUGUAGUGACCUCACGAAUUUCGCUGAGGUCCGCUUGAAUCUCCUCCUUUUCAUCUAUUUGGUGUUUGACAUUCCAUUACUUUUGAUUCAUUCAAUAUGACCGACCCUGUGUGUAAUGAAUCACCUCAAGAAAUGGAUCGGCCCAAAAAGAAACUUCCACAGAAAAAGUACUACAGGCAAAGAGCUCACUCUAAUCCAAUUGCCGACCACUGUUUUGAUUACCCUAUCUGUCCUAGUGAAAUGGACUGGUCCGAGUUAUAUCCUUCUGUAUUUUCAAAAACAUCAUCUGACGAAUCUAAUACAAAGUCAGAUAAAAAGGUUGAGUUUGCUGAUGUAGGAUGUGGAUAUGGAGGUCUGUUAGUAACCCUCUCUCCCAUGUUCCCCGAAUCACUGAUGGUGGGUAUGGAAAUCCGUGUGAAAGUGUCAGAUUAUGUUAUGGAUCGUAUAGCUGCAUUGAGGACACAACAUCCAGGACAGUACCAGAAUAUUGCCUGUUUAAGAACAAAUGCUAUGAAAUAUUUACCUAACUUCUUUGAGAAAGGCCAGCUGAAAAAGAUGUUCUUUCUUUACCCUGACCCACACUUUAAAAAGGCCAAGCAUAAGUGGCGUAUUAUCAACAAAACUCUUCUGGCUGAGUAUGCUUAUGUUUUGGCUGAAAACGCUAUUGUGUACACUGUGACAGAUGUUGAAGAUCUACAUAUUUGGAUGAGAGACCAUUUUCAAGAACACCCCUUGUUUGAACCUAUAACUGAAGAAGAGAAGCUAUCUGACCCAGUCAUAGAAAAGCUCUUCUCAAGCACAGAAGAAGGUCAAAAAGUUGAUCGUAACAGUGGAUCAAAAUUUCUCGCUGUAUUUAGAAGAAUUGCUGACCCAUAUGUCUCUGAAAAUACGCCAAAGCUAUGAGCUGAGGUGAAAUUUUCAAAUUCUAAAUUAUGUUAUUGACACAUUUUUAUUUCUAUUUCACAAUAAAACACACUUUUCGAUUUAA